AUGACUCGACUCGUGUCGCGCAGAAACUGUGCCUCUGAUUUUCGAUUUUUUGCCGACGAGCUGAACACUUGCACUCACAAAACCUUGAAAAUGGCAAAGACGCCAUAUAUUCCACCCCAGAUUGGGUGGUUAUAUGACCUGAUUCUCUGGACAUUUUCGGUAUUGGCAGACCUCUUUUUCAGGGAGGUGCACCCCCGCGGCUCAUGGAAAGUACCGAAAAGAGGACCAUUGAUCAUCGUUGCUGCACCACAUGCUAAUCAGUUCGUCGACUCACUCAUUCUUAUGCGCGCCGUUCGGAGAGAAAUUGGUCGUCGUAUUUCUUGGCUUAUCGCAGAGAAAUCCUUCAAGCGCAAGUUUAUCGGCCUCCUCUCACGAGGAAUAGGAGCAGUUCCCGUAGCGCGAGCAAUGGACAACAUGAAAUCCGGCACUGGAACCAUUUACCUACCAGAUCCAGUCAAUCAGCCUACUCUUUUGCGCGGUAACGGAACGAAAUUUGAUGGACCCGGGUUUGAGCCUGAAGGAACCAUACAUCUACCCACAAUCAAUGGCAAUUCGUAUAGUGCAACCAUUGCUGAAAUAAAAGGACCUGAAGAGAUUAUUCUCAAGAAGCCAGUUACGGAGAAGGACGCUCUGUAUCAAUUGACGGGUAGAACUGAUAUCACCGAUGAUGGGAAAUUCAGUGGAGAAGAUUCCAGUGAGAAGGCUGAUUUCCAAGGCACCAAAUUCAAAUUCGCACCGCACGUUGACCAGAGUGCUGUUUACAAGGCUGUCUUUGGCAGACUGAGCCAUGGUGGCUGCAUUGGCAUCUUUCCAGAGGGUGGUAGCCACGACCGCCCAGAGCUACUACCGUUGAAAGCUGGUGUUGCAAUUAUGGCGCUUGGUUCUCUUGCUGAAAACCCAGACUCAGGCUUGAAAAUCGUACCAUGUGGAAUGAAUUACUUUCAUGCGCAUAAGUUUCGGUCAAGGGCUGUAAUUGAGUUCGGCAGUCCGAUAGAAGUUCCUCGUGAAUUGGUCGAGAAAUAUAAGCGGGGUGAGAGACGUGAAGCUGUUGGUGAACUUCUUGAUACUAUCUAUCACGCGCUCUUGGCUGUAACUGUGAAUGGACCGGAUUACGAGACAUUGAUGGCUGUCCAAGCUGCUCGACGUCUGUACAAUACAAAGGGAAAGAAGCUUCCUUUACCGAUGGUUGUAGAGUUGAAUCGCCGCCUCAUUAAAGGCUAUACACACUUUAAGGACGAUCCCCGUAUCGUUAAGCUGAAGAUGUCCAUUAUGAACUAUAACAAACAACUUCGCUUACUAGGUCUUCGUGACCAUCAGGUCGAAUACGCCAAAUUUUCAAUUAUCAGAGUGGUCUCCACAUUGAUUUAUAGACUCAUAAAACUCACGUUGCUAGCCAUGGGCACGUUGCCAGGUCUCAUCCUAUUUGCGCCGGUCUUCAUUGCAACGAAAUCUAUUUCCAAGAAAAAGUCUCAAGAAGCCCUGGCUGCAUCCACGGUCAAGUUGCAAGGUCGAGAUGUCAUGGCGACAUGGAAGCUUCUGGUUGCAUUAGCCUUUGCACCCGCUUUGUAUGCAUUUUACACCAUAAUCUUCACAUAUUGGACUUAUCGCAACCGCAUACAAGGCUAUGUACCGGAAUGGGUUCCAUUGUGGGCAGUGAUCCUCCUGGGCUUGGUCUUGUUUCCUACCGUCACGUUCGCCGCCCUUCGUAUUGGAGAGAUUGGCAUGGACAUUGUCAAAUCUCUUCGACCGCUCAUGCUGUCCCUCAACCCCUCGUCGGCCAACACUCUCGUAAAACUUAGGGAACGUCGUGCCGAGUUAUCGCAAGAAGUGACUGAAGUUAUCAACACGCUUGGUCCCGGACUUUUCCCAGAUUUUGAUUCAGCCCGCAUCGUCGCCGACCCUUUCAAGGAAUCCAGUCAUACUGAAGGCGAGAAGAACACGGAAAUCGACGUCGAAAUUCGAUCAAGACCCAAUAUUCAGAAGAGGUAUACGACACAAGAACCGCUCCCCCGGAACGAGUCAUUCCACAACUUGGCCAGCAUUGGGUUCUUCUCCACACGGCCGGCCAGUCGCAGUCGCAGUCGCAGCACAGCUGGCGGUCUUCGUCUCAGUUCGAGUGGCUCAAUCCAGCCAUUAAGUGAGAUAGAUGGACACGACCGACUCGAAGAAGUCAGCAAGCGUAUUCGGGGUGCAAUGAGGGAACGUGGUAGGGAACGCCGGCAACUCAGUGAGGAUCUUGGCUGGGAAUCGGUCAGCGCGGGAUCUAUCACACCAUCGGACGACGCAGAGAAGAAAACGCGGUGA